ACCUCGAUACAAGUGAUCAAAUAGACUCUAACAAAUCUUCUAAUAAUCUUAAUUUGAGCGGUACAAGCAGUACUUCUACGAGCGAACACCGUUCACAAGUUGAUGAAAGAUUCUCUUGUUGUUCUCUUCUUCGGAAAACUCUGACUUUUCACUCAUUCUCACAUUCUAAACUGCUUGACUUCUCUUAUCAGUCAUUCAAGCAGUCUAGAGCGCACCUCAAACUGUUGCCCAUACACAGUAAUCAGCUGAGCGAUGAUUAAUUCUGACAGCAUCAAUCUUCGAGUGGCCCGCCCGGAUGAGGUGGAACUGGUUCGAGAAGUCUUGAGGACGAUUUACUAUCCGGAAGAGGCAAUCACUAUUUCCUACAUGCAUGGCAGUGAACCAACGUUGGACGACGAGCGAUUCUCGCUGUCAUUUGUGCAGCAAGGAACCGUGGUGCUGGCAGAAGACAGCAAUACGAGUAAGCCUAUGGGAAUUUCAAUUGCAGGACCGAUUGAGCCCGGUGAUCCGGACCUAAUGGUACAAGAGGCGGCGAUUACGGAAACUAAGAAGUGGUCUGAUAUCCUGAAGCUGCUAGCGCUUCUAGAGCGGACUGCCGAUGUUUGCGGUAGAUAUGGGUUACCCAGAGCUUACCAUGUGCAUAUUUUAGCUGUAGAUCCAGCCUGUAGAGGACAUGCUUUAGGUUUCAGACUGAUGCAAUUUCAGAUAGAUUUAGCAAGAAAACUGGGGUUCGGAGCAAUUAGUGGUGAUUUUACUAGUGUAUAUUCCGCAAAAAUAGCAGAUAAGUUAGAGAUGGAAUGUAUUAACGAGCUGUCACUGGGAGAUUAUAGAGAUGAAAAAAGCGAUAAACUGUUCGAUCCUCAAGAAGCGCAUCGUGUCAUAAAAACCUACGCGAAAGUAUUAAAAUAGCAGAUUUUUAUUUAUCAGUGAACACUUUUCGUUUUAAUUAUUAUUCUUAUAUGAUAACUUGAACAUAUUGCCAAAUAAAAGCUGUAAUGUAGCUUGAAGCUAAUCAUUCCAUCCCUUUUCGUUAAAUACACAGUAAUCGGAUUGCUAAAUUCAUAAGAAACAAGUACAUUUGCUUGGAUUAGCAACGAUUCCAGUUUCUCGUUC